GGUAGUCUCCUUCAGUCGUGGGUGCAGUGCGUGCGAGUGUGCAGCCCCGCUCAAAAGAGAGAGAGAGAGUGAGAGAGAGUGAGAGAGAGAGAGAGAGAGAGAGAGAGAGAAAGAAAGAAAGAAAGAGAAAAAGAGACAGAAAGCUUCCUCGAGACCAGCGUGACUUGGAGUGCGCGAGAUUCGUUUUGGUCGAUCGUCUAAAUCGAUUGUCGAGUUUUAAGAAGGGGUAAAAGAGGGGUUCGUCGGGGAAAAAAGGUUCGUCGGUCAUAGUGGAGCAACCGGGGGUCCACGAUGCCCCCCAUAAUAGGGGAAACACUACGCGUGUGGUUCCUAUCGGCGUUGGUGGUCCACGGUGCGGUCGCCGGAAAUCCGGACGCGAAACGUCUCUACGACGACUUGCUGUCGAACUACAACAAGCUGGUACGACCAGUAGUCAACACGUCCGACGUGCUGCGCGUGUGCAUCAAACUUAAACUCUCGCAGCUCAUCGAUGUGAAUCUAAAGAAUCAGAUCAUGACGACGAAUCUAUGGGUGGAACAGUCAUGGUACGACUACAAGCUACGAUGGGAGCCGAAGGAGUAUGGCGGAGUUCACAUGUUACAUGUACCCUCGGAUCACAUAUGGCGUCCCGACAUAGUACUCUACAACAACGCCGACGGGAACUACGAGGUGACACUGAUGACCAAGGCUACGGUCUACUAUUCAGGAUUGGUCGUCUGGCAACCGCCGGCUGUUUAUAAGUCCUCCUGCUCCAUCGACGUUGAGUUCUUUCCGUACGACGUACAGACCUGUGUUUUGAAGUUAGGCUCCUGGACCUAUGACGGUUUCAAGGUCGAUCUAAGGCACAUGGAUGAGAAAUCCGGAAGUAACGUUGUGGAGGUUGGAGUUGAUCUUUCAGAAUUCUACAUGUCGGUUGAGUGGGAUAUUCUAGAAGUGCCUGCAGUACGAAAUGAGAAAUUUUAUACGUGCUGCGACGAACCUUAUCUCGAUAUUACAUUCAACAUAACGAUGAGAAGGAAAACUCUUUUCUAUACCGUCAACAUCAUCAUACCGUGCAUGGGGAUCUCCUUUCUUACUGUUCUGACGUUUUACUUGCCAAGUGACAGCGGAGAAAAGGUGACCCUCUCCAUAUCAAUCCUCAUCAGUCUUCACGUGUUUUUCCUCUUGGUCGUUGAGAUUAUUCCGCCAACGUCGUUGGUCGUGCCAUUGCUUGGGAAGUACCUGAUAUUCGCCAUGAUACUCGUAUCGAUAAGUAUAUGCGUAACCGUCGUCGUCCUUAAUGUCCAUUUCCGGUCACCGCAAACGCAUCAGAUGGCGCCAUGGGUUAAAAGAGUCUUCAUCCACAUUCUUCCGCGUUUAUUGGUGAUGAGAAGACCCAUGUACAAAUUCGAGACGAACAGGUACACAUCUGGCAGAGUACUGAUGAGAACGGUAAGAGGGAAGGAGAAGACUUGCUAUUACCCUUAUCAUCCGUCUACUCACGAGGAGAGCGAGGAACAUUUUACACCUAAGAGGUUCCACAGUCGGCCACCUUCCAAAGAGGAUCUCUCGCCUUCGAGUCUAACGGACGGUGCGAGAUUCGGUGGAAGCUGCCUGAUCCAUGGACCACCUUUACCGCCCCUUCCCAUUCGUGGCGAGUGCGAGGAUCUUUCGGUACCUGGCGAGGGAGGAAUCGAGGAAGUUAAAAGUCCAGUAUUAAGAAAUCCACCGGCUUUUUCGCAUUCACGUUGUCCCCCGGAAAUUCACAGAUCCUGCAUAUGCGUCCGAUUCAUCGCUGAACAUACGAAAAUGUUGGAGGAUUCAACCAAGGUUAAGGAGGAUUGGAAAUACGUGGCGAUGGUCCUAGACAGAUUGUUCCUUUGGAUCUUCACACUGGCCGUUCUGGUCGGUACAGCCGGAAUUAUAUUACAAGCGCCAACGUUGUAUGACGAUCGUGUCCCGAUCGAUAAGAAAUUCAGUGAAUUCGCAACGACGACAGUGGUAAAGUGUCCACCCCAGUAGUCCAUGCCCGAGCCCUGCACCGUAGAGAAAAACUAAAGGGCCGACGACGUAGACUUCGGUAGACUUCGUCGAUUAUCCUUCCUGAUCUUUUAGGAGUCUCCGAAAUAUCUUUCAACCUGAUCCUCGGUCUCCACCAUUUUUUACGGCGAUAGGGCUCGAUUUAUCGUCGAACGAAACGACGAUAAUCUGUGUAAUGUUUUUAAGUGACUAACAUCUAUACGCGAGAGAAACAAACACAUCCGCACGUGUGAACUUUUUCUCUCUCUCUCUCUCUCUCUCUCUCUCUCUCUCUCUAUCUCUUCCUUUUUCUCUCUCUCUCUAUCUCUAUCUAUCUAUCUAUCUAUCUCUAUCAUUCAUUAACACAGUUACUCACUCACUUCACUCAUUUCUUUCAUUUUGUACUCUUCCAUUUCCAAGGACAUUUGAUCCAUCGAUCCACAGGAUCCAUCAUCAUCCAUCGAAUGGAAUUUUUCCACUUUUCUCGCGAGGUACGUAUGACAGCGAUGAUUUAAAGAAAAUAUAAGAAAAGGAAAGAUAAAAAAGAAAAAAAAAAAAAAAGAAAGAAGAAGAUGAAGAAUGAUGGAAAAAAGAAACUAUUCAACCAGUAAUAAUUACAUGAAAAAAGAGAGAAGAGAAGGUGAGAAAGAGCAACGUGUUAUUACUUAUAUGUAGCGUGCUCGUGUAAUGCGUUAAUACGAAGCUGCCACUUAAUUAUUCGAGUAAAUUAACAGCGAGCUACUUUAAACGGUACUAUAGUAUUAUAUUAGCGAGCCCACAAGUGUCAUCUCGCUCUACCAAUUGUUCUCGACGUCUCCCCGAGAAAUGAUUUACGAUGAGAGGAGGCGCUUUUGAGAAUCCGACGAGAGGACGAGGCGAUAAUGAUAAACGGACUUCAACAUUAAUGAUUAUUAUGUUUUAUACGCCGAAACACACGCGCGACACACGAGAAAUAAAAUAUAUAUAUAUAUAUAUAUAUAUAUAUAUAUAUAUAUAUUAGAAAUAAAUUAAUAUUGUAUAACACGACUUAGCUAGCUCGUUGUAAUUGUACACGAACACAUAGGGUGUAAUUUAUUUCAAUUGUAUCCGAUUAUUCUCGUAAACGUUUAGGGACGUAUCCGUUUGUACGAAUUAUACAUAAAUAAAUAAAUAAAUACAUACAUACGACGCAAGCAUACAUAUUACGUAUAUCGUACGUUUUAAGAAAAUAAUCGAGACAAGGAUAACUAAUUGCACCGCGAUUUUCCUAUAUUCCUUUUAGGAUUAAAGAAAAAGAUAAAGAAAAAUAAGAAGAAGAAAGAAAAUAAAAAGGAUACAAUUUUCGAUAUUAAUAAAAUCUCUCAAGUUAAAAUAUGAUAAUCGCGGUGCAAUAUAAUAACUUAUUCCUUGUUCUUGUAUUUUAUAAGAAAGAAAGAAGAGAGAGAAAAAGAGAAAGGACGAAUCGGAUGUAAUGCGCGAAGGAAGCAUUAGAAUAAAGAUAACCGAUUAUAGUACGGUAAGAACAAGUAAAGCAUACGAAUUCUAAAGCUGAUAGUUGUAGACAAAUUGAACGAACGUUCACUACCGUUGUUCAAUACCGUAGUUUCGUGGUCGAUGUCACAGUGAGUCGUCGUUCAUAAAUUUUUUUUUUUAGCUAUUCAUACAUACAUACAUAUACACACACACACACACACACACACACUCUCAUGCACACAUGAAAACAGAAAGAUAUACAUAAAAGAACAUUAUACAUACGACGAUGUAAUAUGUGAAAGCGCACACGAUUAUAAAAAAAAAAAAACACACAUUAAACGCAUAAGGAAACAUAUGUAUGAUAAAAUUACUGUAUUGUGGUUUAUGAUAUUUAUAAUAAUUGUUAGUUAUGCCUGAUAAGAAUGAACUGACAUUCGCCCUAUGCUGACGAAUGUGACAUUAUGCGUCGAAGAAUGAUUCGUCGUGAAAUUAUCAACUUAGCGUUUUGUUAAUCGUUGACAAAGAAUUCAAAGAGAAAGAAACAAUCGUAACUCGUUCGUAAAAGUUGAAAAACAUUCGAAUGAGAUUCUCGAAAGAGAGAGAGAGAGAGAGAGAGAGAGAGAGAGAAGGGGAAGGGGAGAAAGAGAGAGAGAGAGAGAGAGCGAAAAAACAUAACGCAAGUUGAAGCCAUCAAAUUUUACGACGUUUCAAAGUAUACAUAUACAUAUAUAAUAUAUACAUUAUAUAUACAUUAUAUAUUAUACAAUUAUACAUACGUAUGUACGUAAGUAAGAGUACGUAAACGUACAUAUAAAGCGUGGUUCGAACCUAACAAGAAUGAGAUGAAGUAAUUGUAAGAGAACAUUUUCGUGUACCCGUGCCAAACGGUACGUUGUUAACACAGGAUUGUAAAUAAUUAACGUUUGUUAGGACGGACCGAUAUCGAUUUUCAUAAUUACUGCCAUUAAGAGAAACAUCGCCAAUACUUAUUAUGUAUGUAUAUAUAUAUACAUAUAUAUAUAUAUAUAUACAUUAUAAAAAAAUGUUUUCUCGUAAUUCUCAUUUUAUCGUCGCGAACGAUCGAUAGAGAAUUUUCCCUGAGAGAGUUAGAAGAGAAAAUAUGGGGAAGGGAAGGGGGGGGGACGAUCGACACAUGUUCUUUUCUUCUUCUUUUUUUUUCCUUUUUUUCUUUUUGUUUUCUUCUUCUUCUUCUUCUUCUUCUUCUUCUUCUUCUAUUUACUUUGGUUCUAUUUUUCUUUUCUUUUUCUUUUUUCUUUUUUCAUUUAAAUUUUAAUCGCCUUAAGUGCAAAGAAGGCGAUGCACCGAGCGUAAAAACACCUGAUGAAAAAGUUACCUGAAACUAACGAAUCGUCCAGCGAACGUAAAAACUCGACAAAACGAAAGAAAUCCGAUCUACGGAUCGAUUUUCGAAGGAUCGCGCGAGUAUUCUCUCUUUCUCUCUUUCUCUUGCUUAAAAGAAAAAAAUGAGGGAAACCGAAUGACGAACUUAAAACUUCGCACUAAAUCGCUAGAAAAUAAUAAAGAAAUAUAAUGAGGGAGGGAGGGAGGUAAAAGAAAAGGAAAGAAAAAGGGGAAAAAAUGAAAAAAGAAAAAAAGCGCACACGUUUUUCUAUGAUAAUGAGACAUGUAAGUACUUAUUCGUUAUAAUUAAGUACGACAAUGUGUUUUUCCGCGAACGACGACGGAAAAUAUAAUACUUUCCGAGACGAGUAAUCUAGAUCUCAAAUUCUAGAUCGAAUAAAUCCCAUCCAACGAGAUCCGAGUAUCGUCGAUUUUCACGUAUUCACGAAUGUAAAAAAGUAAUUUCCUCGUAUCUAGAUACCCGUCCCGGAAGAGCAUAACUCACUAAUACGAGCUGAGCGUUUGAAAAAGAGAGAGGCAUGCACUUAGAUUUUAGAUAUUUUAGAAAGAAAAUGAGAGAUGAGAGAAAACAAAAAAAAUAAAGAAGAAGAAGAAGAAAACAAAAAAAGAAACUAAUUGAUUAAUUAAUUAAUUAAUCAAUUAAUUAAUCGCUAAGCUGUAAAUAAUGUGUAAAUAGCGAAAAAAGAAAGAAAGAAAAAAAGAAAGAAAGGAAAAAAAAAAAAGGAAAUAACAAUACCUUGUAAGUCGAGUAUAUGCUAUAAAAUGGUUGACAUUUUUUUAUAAUUGAUCAAAUCCAAGGGAUCAUUUGCACGAAAAAAAAAAAAAAAUCGUUCACUACAGACACAUGCAUAAACACACGGUCACGCAUAUGCGCAUUCCUUCCCUCUCUUUCUCACUGUCUCUGUCUCGUCAUUUAAUAAAAAGUGAAAAAAAAAAAAACAAAAAAACAGAAAACAAGAAAAGAAAAGAAAAACGAAGUAUCGAUUUAUCCCCGAAAAAAAAUUCGAUCGUAUCGAUAUGACAAACGAUUAUUAAAUUACGAUUGUCACGAAUCUUUUACACCGUGAUCGAUUUUCGUGAUCUUCGAUUACGAUUAUAUUAUCGCGAUGGCGCGAUCAAACUUUUUCGAAUAUUAAUAAUAAUUAUUAUUAAUAAUAAUAAUAAUAAUAAUAAUAAUGAUUAUUAUUAUUAUUAUUAGAUCGAAUUAACACAAAUGGAACGACACUUUUUCGAAGCUCGAUUUACGGCAUUAAGAAAAACAAAAACAGAAAAGAAAAGAGUGUCGAUUUUUAUUAAAUUCAAAUGACGCAAGUUCCAAAAAGAAACGAUCAAAACGCGGAUGUUUGCAAAAAAAAAGAAGAAAAGGAAAGAAAAAAUUGUUCAAUGAAACAUACUCACGAAUCUCAUGUCCACCAUCAGAAUCAUUUUAUCCUAUCUCUAAAAUCUCAAAUGCACGAAAUUGUACAGAUAAAUUUAGUAUCAAAGGAAUUUUUUUCUUUUUUUUUUUAUGUUCAAAAAACAUCGUUAGAGAAAAACAAAUGUAAAAUAGUAAUCUUAUGCAGAGAAAGAAAUAUUAAGCGAAAUAAACGGACAAUAAGAUAAAUAAAGAAAAGGGAUAAAAGAGAGAGAGAACAAAAACGAAGAAAGAACAAAAAAAAGAGCGUGUAAGAAGUUGAAUGAAAAGAAAAAGAAAACACGCGCACCCUUUCAUUGACAGAAGUUGAAAAACGAAAGGAAAAACGAAAGAAAAAAAAAGAAGAAAAAAAAAAAAGAAGAAAAAAGAGAGAGAAAAGACAAAAGAAAGGAAGAAGUGAAUUAAUUAAUUCCUUUACUAAUUAUACAAAUUGACAUCCGUGUUCUGAUUCGGCAAAAGAGAUGAAAUGAGAGGAUCACGAUCGUCAUUUUACACGUCUUCGAAGUGAGUUGCGUGAACGUAGAAUUUAAUAUGAAAUGUCCUAAUUAAUAAAAAAAAAAAAAAAAAGAAAAAAAAAGAAAAAAAAGAAAAAGAAAGAAAGAAAGAAAGAAAAAAAAAAGAAGAAAAAAACAAUAAUUAAAAAGAACAAAAAAAAAAUAAAUAAAAAUAAAUAAAAACUUAGCUGAAAGGUAGAGGACCCGGAUAAAGGAAAGAGCGUGGGAGUAAGUGAUAUGAUAGAUUAUUAUUAUAACGAUGAUAAUAUAGUUAACUAUUGUACCGUAAUAGCAAUAGCACAUUAUUAUCCGAGAAUGAAUGAGAAAGAACGAGGGAGAAAAGAAAAAGAAAGAAAAAAAAGAAAAAAAGAGAAAAGAAAAGAAAAGAAAAAUGAGGACAAUGAGGAAAAAGAAUAAACGGUAAACUAUUUGAGUAAUGAUUAUUAUCGUUAGAUACAAUAUUACCUAUCGUUUGUUAAAUAUGUACCUAUUUAAAAUAAUAUUAUAUUAACGACUAUCAUCCUAAGGCUACUCGAUGUAAGGACGAGAUUCUUGUUGCUUGGUUUUGUAAUCAUGCUUUGAGAAAAGCAUUCGGAGAAUAAAACUUGUUGUCGUAGAAA